AUGUCUGACAGCGUUUCCGAGACUACUAGCAAUCUAGAACAGCCCAAGAAUACCCCUUCAAGACCUGCUGCUGCUGCCUCCACCUCGAGCAAGAUUGGUUACUUGACCGGAGAGAAGAAGGAGCCUGUGGCUGAUGAUGCAACCUAUCCAACGUGGGACACUGAAAAUUCCAUGGUGAUGACGUGGCUUGGUGAACUCUAUGGAGGAGGACAUAAGCUCCAAUUACUUGUGCUAUCACACGGCAAAGGAGCUUUGGGACAACGUCAAUCAAAUGAUUUAGAUCUUUGUAAUCAUUAUGAAUGGAAAUCCCCAGAAGAUUGUAAUCACUAUAAGAAAACGGUAGAGGAUAACUGUAUUUUUAAAUUUCUUAUUGGACUUAACGUGGAGUUUGAUGAGGUGAGAGGCAGAAUUAUUGGUAGACAGCCACUUCCUUCGAUUGGAGAGGUGUUUUCUGAGGUCUGCCGUGAAGAGAGCCGCCGUCUGGUCAUGCUUGGCAAGAAGAACUUCGGCAGUAAUGUUGAAAACUCUGCCUUGGCCGCUGGAAUGAAUAGUGGCCGAAACACUACCAAGAAGACUGAUGAAAGACGCAUUUGGUGUGACCAUUGCAAUAAACCACGUCAUACACGUGAGACCUACUGGAAGAUCCAUGGGAAACCGGCUAAUUGGAAGGGCUCUCAUGAAGGCCGAUUCACUCGCAAUGCUACUGCACAUGAGGCUGAAUCUGUUCCAUUUAACAAAGUGUAG